AUGAUUUUAAGAAUUAAUAAACAAUUUUUCAAAACCUUCUGUUCAACUAAGCCUCCUGUUGAGGAUAAAAAGAACGUCAUGUAUGCAAUGCCUCAUCCCAUCUGGAACGAAGAGGCUAUGAAUAAUGUUAAGAUCGAUCACAAAGAGCCUUUGACUUUUGGUGAUAGAUUUGCUCAUUUAUUCAUUCAGUCAAUGAGAGUUGGAUUCGAUGUUCUUAGUGGAUACAGGAAGGUAUUUCCUUGGUAGGACAACAUAAUAUCAGAAAAGAAAUGGAUAAACAGGGUUCUAUUUUUAGAGACAGUAGCAGGUGUACCUGGAUUCGUUGCAGGAAUGCAUAGACAUUUGAGAUCCUUAAGAGGCAUGAAAAGAGAUUUGGGAUGGAUACACACAUUGUUAGAGGAGGCAGAAAAUGAGAGAGUCCAUUUGUUGACUUUUCUUACAAUUAAAAAACCAUCAUUAAUAUUUAGAACAGGAGUGAUAUUGGCUUAAUUAUGGUAUGUUGCAUUAUAUUCCAUUGCCUACAUGAUUCAACCAAGAGUGUGCCAUAGAAUAGUUGGAUAUUUAGAGGAGGAAGCUGUAAAGACCUAUACUCAUAUGAUUGAGGAAAUAGAAAUUGAAGGUAGUUCAAUUCAUUCUUGGAAAACGAGGCCUGCACAUCAAAACUCAAUUGAAUAUUGGAAANAUAUAUAUAUAUUUUAGUUAAGAAUUCUUAAUUUUGUAUUGUGAGUCUUUUUCGAUGAGUUUAAAUUUAAAAGAAAAAAAAAGCAGAAAAAUCAUUAAUUAUCAGUUUUCUUGGAUAUUUAAUUUAAGAGAAAUAAUUCCGUAUUAUUUAAUUACGAUUUGGAUAUUGUACAAUAAAUAAAUUAAAUUUAAUUAUGAUGAAAUGCUUUAUUACGCAUUAUUUCACAAUAUAAAAAUUCUGAACA